GAAUUCGUUUCCGUGACUCUUCCAUCCAGUGCUUCCUCCAAGAAGUGGCGACACGUAAUUUGUUCGCGACUGUAUGUAUAAAAUGCAAGAAUCGAACCCCGGGCUUCAUCUCCGCUGGAUCCAUGGAAGCGGUCGCCAGGGUUCCGAUAUUCCUCUCCGCUUCGAAGCCGUCUCGCGUCUCGCUUCCUUCGCUCUCCUCCCUCUCCGUAGCCGCCCGACCGAUCUCCAAUCGCAGGCGAAACCUCCGCAUGGCUGCCCGAUCCCAGGCGACCGCUCUCGCGGAUCCACCUCCCAAGGGUGCUGAGUCAUUCUUCAGAACAAUAAUUUCUAGUAUGGAAAAGGUCUACAUGACAAGGAAUCCAACUGCCAAAGCAAUUUUGGACCUUGUUCGUUCGUGCGAUGGUGACCAUAUCUGCUAUGAUCAUUUUGCCUUCCGAACAUUUGGGGUAGAAGGUUAUGGUAUUGAUUCGAUGGCAAAAGUUUUCAUGGAUUUUGGCUAUAUGCCACGCGAAGAAUUGAGAUUUCCCACAAAAAAGUUGAAAGCAUUGUGGUUUGCACCUCCCAAGAUUGAUUAUAUUGAUGGUGGAAACGGUAUAGAUGGGCCUUUGCCAAGGAUAUUUAUAUCAGAGCUUCUUGUGGAUCAGAUGAGUUCUCAAAGUCAGGAAGUGAUAAGGAAAUGCAUCAAAACAUCUGGUAAUGGGAACGAACAUGCAUCCAUCGCAAGUGCAUUGGGAUGUUUAACAUGGGAGAAACCUUUAUAUUCUGACUAUCAACAAUUAGCUAGGGAAAGUGAAUAUGCUGCAUGGACUCUUGUUAAUGGUUAUGCAUUGAAUCAUGUCACUAUUUCCACACAUCAGCUGAAAUCUCAUAUUAGAAACAUCAAAAGCCUGAAUGAGUUCAUUGAAAAUCAUGGAUUCAAACUGAAUUCUGAAGGGGGGACAUUAAAAGUGAGCCCUGAUGGCCUUCUACUGCAAAGUUCAACUGUGGCUGAUUCAACUUCUUUUAAUUUUGCUGAUGGGGUCACCGAAUCUGUUCCUUGUUCAUACAUCGAAUUUGCAGAACGGCUUGUGCUACCUCAGUAUAAAAAUUUAGCAAAUGAUGAGAUCAAGGAAUUUCAUAGACGUGAUGGUUUUGAAGUUGGCAAUGCCGAUAAGAUCUUUGAGAGCACAUCAAAAGAUCAGCUGACGAGGAAAGCUGCAUGAUGAAAUGAAUUUAAGCUAUCUAUUCUACACAAUGAUGACUUGUGCUUCUAAGAAAUAAAUGUAGUAAUUAAUGCAUCACUAAAUAGAGAUGGCAAUAUGUCACAGUUGAGUAUGUACAACUAUGAAUCUCAAUAAUCAGUUUUUUUUUUUUCCCACUAAACUGUAUCAAAAGUAGUCUGUGCUUCGUAAUAUCUUUUUAAUAA